CUGGAUAUGUUUCCAGGUCCCCGUUCGCCCGGUAUACGUACGAAACCGAGGAUAGCUUACAUAGAAAUAUCUGCGGAGCCCCUCACGUCCCAAGAACAGAGAGACGCGGUCUUGAAGAGAGAGCAAUCACCAGAAAUACAGAUCUUGCUGAGAAAGAAGAACGAACUGGACCUCCACCUCGACAACCUAAGGGUGAUUCUGACGAACUCGAACGCGACGACAAUACGCUGCCGUGGUAGCAUCGGCUACGUGUGCUGCUUCUGCGACGAGCAGUACCCCGAUCCGGCAGAUUUGAAACGGCACACGCUCGACACUCACAACGACGUCUUCGAGUCGAACUUCAUGAAGAGUCAAGCGAUGCCGACUCUACUUAUCAAAUUGGACAUAACGAAUCUGCACUGCACAAUCUGCAGCAAAGAGAUCUGGGAACUUGAGGACCUAUUGGAACACCUUAAAGAAGACCACGGGAUCCUUCAUCACAGCAAUAUCAACAGCCAUAUAGUACCGUUCAGAUUCGACAGUCAGACGCUGCGUUGCGUUGUCUGCAAGCACAUCUUUAACAACUUCAAGGUGCUGCUCGAGCAUAUGAACAUGCACUACAGAAACUAUGUGUGUGACGUCUGCGACGCCGGCUUCGUCAAUAAGAGGAUCUCGCAGAUGCACGGUUAUCGGCACAAGACCGGCGUCUACCAUUGCUCCUAUUGCGGGAAAGAGUUCAACAACAGAGUGAAGCAAAGGGCUCACGAAAGGGCGGUCCACGUGUGUCUCAACAAGAGAAGCAAAUGCGGGUAUUGCGGAGAGAGGUUCUCUGAUUAUACCAAAAAGCAAGACCAUGAGGUCAAGGAACACGGAGCGAAACCACUUGUCCUAACUUGUUACGCGUGUGAGAAGACUUUUGAUAAUCAACGCACCCUGUCGCUUCACGUCAAGGCUUUCCAUUUGAUGGAGCGUUAG